AUGGGUGAAUCAAGACAGGAACUCAUUCAAUGGCUGAACAGUCUCUUGCAGCUCAACAUGACCAAGGUCGAGCAGUGUGGUACUGGGGCUGCCCUUUGCCAGGUCUUCGACAGCAUAUACAUGGAUCUGCCAAUGUCGAAAGUCAAGUUCAAUGCGAGUGGUGAAUAUGCAUACGUGCAAAAUUUCAAGGUUUUGCAAAACACAUUCGCAAGACAUCAAAUUGACAAGCCGAUUCCUGUUGAGGCACUGAUCAAGUGUAAAAUGCAGGACAACCUGGAGUUUCUGCAAUGGACCAAGAAGUUUUGGGACUUGAACUUCCCUGAUCACGAUUACGACGCAGUGUCACGACGAAAAGGUGGUGGCCUCCCUUCUUCUGGACCAGGUGCUGCCACAACUAGAGCCCCCGUGUCAGCUGGUGCUGUCCGACGCGGCGGCGGCGGCGCCCCCGCGCCCCGAGUGGCCAAGGCUGCUGGCGUUGGUCCCGGAUCUGCCGCUCUUCAACAGGAGAAUAACACACUCAAGGAGACGGUUGCCGGUCUCGAGCGAGAACGAGACUUUUACUUUAGCAAGCUGCGCGACAUUGAGCUGCUGAUUCAGCAGGCUGUUGAGGAGGACCCCGAGCUGGAGAAACAGGAGGACGGACUAGUGAAGCAGAUCCAACUCAUUCUCUAUUCUACAGAAGAAGGCUUUGAGAUCCCCGAGGAGGGUGAGCCUCUAGACGAUCAGGAGACGUUUUAG